CAAGUUCAACAUCAUCCAGCCAGUACCGGUACCUCAGCAAUGUAACACUUACCUGCAGAAAUGCCCUCACUUGGAACCAGUCAGUCACAUUUGGUUAUUGUGAGCGAUGUCAUAUCAUCAUCAAUGCCGAUGCCACUAUGACAUUUGCAACACGCUAUUGGAAUACUUAUGGAAGUUAUGUGUUGGUACCAGGCAUGUACAGCCAAGGAAUUACCAACUAUGGCACUAUUGCAUUUCUCCACACAUCCAGUAUCAGUCUUUACAAUGACAUCCUCAACUAUGGAACCAUUCACUUUGCAUCGCGGUUCCUUGCCAGCAGCACAAUAAGCGUAUUCUUGUAUACCGGAUCAAUAUUGAACUACGGCACCAUAAACACAUACCAUCUAUAUAUGUACAUCAACACUGCCACCAUUCCAUUUGUUGCUAGUGGUGGAAAGUGGAACUUCUGGGGAUUCCCCAUGGGAAUACCAUACAGCAGUCUUAACCCGUUCAGUCACUGGCCACAGCUGAUUGAACACUAUUAUUCAUGGACGCUUACUAACAAUGUUACUGGAUUACCACGACUGUGGAGCUUGAACACCAUUACCCUUAUUCAGUUCCGCUCCAGCACGCAGACAGCACAUUUCAGGAAAGUGCAAAUUGGAGGAUGCCACCUAGAUAUGUAUGCAAGAAAGGUAACUAUCCAUGAAAGUCUUGCCAUGGAUGAAGCAACGCAGUGGCGUCUCAGGGCAGGUACAGCUGGACUGAUAACGCUGGAGAGCAAAUCCACUUCAACACUUUCUACAUUUAUUAUUCCAUCAGGCUGGACCAUUGACAUCAAGUCAGGUAGCACAGUGAAAGUUCUGAGACAGCUGGCACUGAGUUCCGGUAGCUCCAUCCUUGUACAGAACUCAUCGGCACGCUUUGUCGACACAGCUAUGAUUGCCGGUAGCCUGGUGAUGCAGGACAGUAAGCUGUGGUCAUCAGGAAGGCUGACUCUACAGGGCAGAAUGACACUGAAGAGGUCGACGGCUACACUGAAUGGCAGCACACUAUGGCAACAGGGCAUACUGAAUGGUACACGUGACAGCAGUGUAAUACUGGAGACAGGUGGUACCAUACAACCAACAGCUCUACUCAAAAUCAGCAGUGUGCAAAUACGUAUCCAGGCCACCAACAUUCCACAGCAAGGUGUAAUUGCAGAGUACUUCCAGUACAGAAUAGCCACUACUUCACCUCCCGAACAGACAAACACCCCAGUGAUCCAGUACCUGCAAUAUUUCCCUGCUUCAGGUGGCAGUUCCAGCUAUUACCUCCCUGCAUCGUUCAAUGAUCCAGCUGCCCGUCCCACACUAACCAAAGUAGAGAGUCAGCUGGGUUGGGCAGCUCAGUUCAACAGCCAUGGUCCCGUAGAGUACACUGCAUCCGGAACUAUUGACACACUCUCCACCAAGUCAUUCACGUACAACUAUGCCGUCCGUUAUUGGGCAUUCCUUAGUGCGCCUGUCAACGGCACGUACACAUUCUACUUUUCUGCAUCAUCACGCAAACCAAUUCGCCUGUGGAUUAACGAUCUGCUUGUGAGCGCAAUCAAUGUUGAAACAAGCUGGCCAGGAAAUGUUAGCGUCACUGCCAACUUGAUGACGGGUAUGAACAGGCUUCGGCUGGACUUGAUACAGAGAAGCGCCAAUUGGAAUGCUAAUGGCAAUAUGUUGAUGAUCAGCUAUGAAGGGCCAUGCACUCCAUUGCAAACACUAAGGAGUAAUCUCUAUACUGGGAUGGUGGAUAGCAAUGGUACAAUGCAAUAUGCGAGCAAGGCACUCAGAGCAUUUAGCACAUCACAAGACGCGCUUUGUAGCAAAACAUCUUUCACUGCUUCACAGCUGUGCAACUAUGACUUUGGUGUCAGCUGCCUACAGCAAAUCAAGUCCGGCACGCUUUCAUUUGAGAACAGUCCGUUCAUAUAUGUAUCACCAAGUGGCAUUCUAAACUUUGCAGCUGACCCAACACUGACAAGCAUCACUGGUGGGGGUCAACUUGGUCUACUUGUAACUGGAAUUCUGGCAAAAUCAGCUGGCACAAAGGAUAUCUCACUUUCAGCAGCCUACAACAUCACCGGCUGCCAGAGAACAUCGACAGCAACAGGUCAAUUUACUCUCAGCAACCUAACAAGUGUUUCCGUGCCCAGUGUUGCAGUUAACACUGUCAGCAGUAGGUUCCCUGACCAGCUUUACUUGUCUACCAUAACACAAGCAUUACCUGCCUAUUGUAAUGUUAGCCAGAUCACAACAGGAUCACCGCAACCAACUACAGGACUUACAACAUUGAUUGUGACCACCACACCGACCACCACACCGACCACCACACCGACCACCACACCGACCACCACACCGACCACCACACCGACCACCACACCAACCACCACGCCAACCACCACACCGACCACCACACCAACCACCAUACCAACCACCAUACCAACCACCAUACCGACCACCACACCAACCACUACCACAACUACUAUUCCAACCACCACACCAACCACUACCACAACUACUAUUCCAACCACCACACCAACAACUACACCAACCACCACACCAACCACCACACCAACCACUACACCAACCACCACACCAACCACCACACCAACCACUACACCAAACACCACACCAACCACCACACCAACCACCACACUGACCACCACACCAACCACCACACCAACCACCACACCAACCACCACACCAACCACCACACCAACCACCACACCAACCACCACACCAACCACUACACCAACCACCACACCAACCACCACACCGACCACCACACCGACCACCACACCAACCACCACACCAACCACCACACCAACUACCACACCGACCACCACACCAACCACUACACCAACCACCACACCGACCACCAUACCAACUGAACCUCAACCGUCGACAAGCUCUUCCUACAGCAGCACGCCAUCCACAGUGGCGCAAGUUACCUCAAGUGUGACUGCCAGCCAGCCUUCAUCAACUACACUUACAACGAUGUCGCAGAGCCAACCAUACAGCUCAGCUCCAGCUACAGUCAGUACACGUCCAACAGAGCCACAAGGUACAACUGCACUACAAACAACACCAACAACAUCCAGCCCGACAACUCAGGCAAUCACCACCAUACCGACUGAACCUGGUCCUCCGACAAGUUCUUUUGCAGCUCCUUCCACAUCCUCAUCCUCACGACUGACAACUUCUCCUGUUCCUGUUACAUCAGCAAGUCCAACCUCUGCAAGUUCAACCUCUGCAAGUUCAACCUCUGCAAGUUCAACCUCUGCAAGUCCAACCUCUGCAAGUUCAACCUCUGCAAGUCCAACCUCUGCAAGUUCAACAGCGGUCCUUACUUCAGCCGAUCAGUCAUCUCCCCCAAUGUCAGUUGCAACCACACGUCCCACUGAGCCACGACCUUCUACAUCACAGCAGAUCCAAGUGACAACUGCAUACACACCAUCAACAGUUGAGAUGAAGACAACCGCUCAAACAAGCAAAGUAGCCACGCCGAGCACAGGCCAAACAGUGACAACAACACAGCAGCAGCUUGUACAGACUACACAUGAUGCUGUUACUACUAUGUCUUUACAAUCUGCCGCAACAACAACAACGAUAUCAGCAGCGAGUACAGCAGCGAGUACAGCCCUGCAACCUACAAGCCAAGAGACGACAUCAAUGCCAACUACAGUUGUAACUACAACCCCUGCAACAACUGCACAGCCAACUGCACAGCCAACUGCACAGCCAACUGCACAGCCAACUGCACAGCCAACCACGGUGCUUGUAGAUACAUCAGAAGUGGACACAACAGGGACAGGAACUACAGCUGCACCAACAUCAGCGGAGCCCAUAGCAACAGUAGCCACAACAGCAGUAUCAGCAGCCACUACCCCAGCAGUGACCACUGGAGCAGUCACCACCCCAGCCGCCACCACUGGUGCAGUCACCACUGGUGCAGUCACCACUGGAGCAGUCACCACUGGAGCAGUCACCACUGGAGCAGCAACUACCAGUGCAGUCACCACUGGAGCAGUCACCACUGGUGCAGCCACCACUGGUGCAGCCACCACUGGAGCAGUCACUACUGGUGCAGUCACCACUGGUGCAGUCACCACUGGAGCAGUCACUACCAGUGCAGCCACAACCGACACAACCACACCAGUGGCAGGCACAACAGGGGCGGCUACCACCGAGUCAGCCACAACAGAAUUAGCAAUAACGGGAGAAGCCACAACUGGAGAAGCCACAACCGGAGCAGGUACAACAGAAGCUCUGACUAGCCAGUCAGCUACAGCACCCAUAGAAACACAGCAAACAGAAGAAUCGCUGUCCACCACAGCACCCCCUGAAGAAACAACUCAGCGUCCAGAGGAACAAUCAACAACUAUUCCAUUCUUCGAGAAGGGCAUUUCCCAGUGGACGGACACUGAUGUCCGGGCAUUUAUCAUCUCCCUCAACAAUGGAAAGUACAGCACGUAUGCUGAUCGGUUUGUAGGCUUCACUGGACCCAGACUGGAAGGCGAGUCGUUCAGUGGAAUACUAGAUCGUGUGUACAAUCAUGCCGAAGCUGCCGACGCCAUAUACAGUGCCAUCCAGGAUGAAAAGAGGAAAGAAUCAGCAAGUCAGUCCAAUGACUCAUCAGGAAGCAACGUAGGGCUGAUAGCUGGUGUUGUGGCUGGUCUGGGCGUGGUGAUUGUCAUACUCGUCCUGGUUAUUCUAAUUUUGUAUCGACGCCAAAGAACUGGUAAACUGGUGAUGACACCGAAGGGUAAGGUUCAGCGACGAGGUGCCCCUGUUGAGUUCACCAAUCCCAGCUAUUCACAUGCAGCGGCCAUGGACGGACUGGAUCAGCCUGCCCUGCCUCACAGUGUUUCGCUAACAACAUCAUACGAUGAAACUAAGAAGCCGUUUGGACCGCCUGGGACACAAGCACAUAGUAGUAAUAUGCCAGCAGUCAAUGAGAGUGACGGCCAGUACGAGUCGCUGAGGUGUUAGCGUGGACACAGUUUACCAGAUGACAGAUUUAUAGAAGCUACUAUUAAUUUUAUACCUACAGUAACGUCUGCAAUAGAUUCAGCAAUUUGAAUUCUAGAGAAUCGGCUGUCCUCACCGUUGUAUGCAGCUGGUUGGCAUUGGAACUAUUACUUCCGAAGUCCAGUCUCCGCUUGCAGUGGCACCUCAGACGUGCGGCCGUCAUCCACCAUGGAUCAUAGUGCACCCAGAUUGAAGGUACACUACAAGAAGAUGGUACAUGGUACAGAAUCCAGUGUUAUAGCUACUGCCGCCUAUCAUAGAUCAUGGUACUAGUACAACUUGUAGUAGAUAUUCAAUUAUAAUGUUUUAUCAUUUAGAAACGAGUCAGAAAUUCAAUAUUUGUUUGAUCUGUUUUGAAUAAAGGAUCAUCUAGACGAACAACUGUGACGACCAUGCAGUAAAUAGUGAGAUGUUAUGCUUUUGAGACAUGGUAUUACAAUAGUAUUCACUUUUAAAACACAUUCAGUGGCUGUGAGUACUUCAGAAGUGGUUACAUUGCUGGCACUGGCACUUACGAUUUUUAACUGAGCUUGACUAUUGUUGUAGCUUGUUAUUUGACAGUUUGUUUCUUAAUAGAAGGACAAAGGUUCUUUAAAAAAUCUUUGUAAUUUUCAUUUGCUAUCCAGUACAAAUGUAUGAUGCCUGUACUAAGGGAUUUUUGGGUACUACAUGUAGUAACACAUAGGCUAUUUAAAUUGCAUAAAUGCAUACAGAUAACGUAUCACACCACGACCAUGGUCACAAAUAGCAGCAUGACUGUAUUGUAACAUCUUUCGAAAUGCAUACGCUAUUUCUCCUUGUCCUUUUCAACUUUGAUUAUGCCAUACGGUGUGUUGAAUCCAGAUGAUACACGUCCGGAUGUUAAAUCGCA